AGGGAUUCUAUCGAAUACAGGUCAUUCCGCAUUCGUCUGAAACUCUCAGCUCCUUUUUCCCAAAAUUCUCAGAUCAGCGACGAACCCUAGCUCUACAAACCAGUCAUGUCUUCCAAGCAAGGAGGAAAGGCGAAACCUUUGAAGCAGCCAAAAGCUGAUAAGAAGGAAUACGACGAGCACGACAUGGCUAACAUUCAGAAGAAGAAAGAGGAGGAAAAGGCACUUAAAGAACUAAGAGCCAAGGCAUCGCAGAAGGGAUCCUUUGGAGGCUCUGGACUUAAGAAAAGCGGCAAGAAAUGAUCUGUUUUAUCCAUGAAGCCUGUUUGACAGUUCAAAUUUAUCAAUUAAAACAGUUAAAUCGUGUGUUUAUGUAACUUUAAUCAUAAUUGUAGGAGAGUAACUUUGCGUCUCCUUACAUAUGUUUGCUUUCGCCACUUUUUCAUGAAAAAAAUGAUAAAUGGUUUCUACCCUAAUAUUUCAACAUCUCCGGAUUCA